UUCUACUGGGUUGUGAGAUUUUUUUUUUUAAUAUUCGAGAAGAUGAGCGUUGGUUUUGGUUUUCUAAAAUAAUUCCUAACCCUCUAGUAGUAUAAGCGAUUUAAAUAGAUGAACAACAACAACUGAAAAAAAAAAAAAAAAAAAAACAAACAAACAAACAAAAAGAUGUUCCUCUGCAUGCAUUACACUAAUACCAUUUUCCGUUCCAUAGUAUAAAAUUCCAUCAAAUUUUUUAGUUUUUUUUUUAUUGUUGUUAAUAAAAAUCAAUUUUGAUAGUUUCAUUUGUUUUUUUUUUUUUUUUGUAAACUACCAAGUUUCAUUUUAUUUGGAUUUGGUGUUACCUUUAGUAUUGUUACUUUCUAUCAAGAUUCAGAAGAGAGUCCCUUAAUUAUAUGAGACUAGAUGAAUACCCACGCGUAGCGUGAAUUUGUUUUAACAAAUUAUGUUGAUUGCUCUUGUUGCCAAUUUUUGUUUACUUUUUUUUUUAUUUGUUAUUGUGUAAUUAAUAAAAUUAAAUUCAUCUUAUGUAGUUACAAUUUGUAUGAUUAGAUUUAUUUUCAUGUAUAAAUCUUAUUAUUUAUAUUUCUAAGAUCCUAAUAUUUUUUAACCAUCAUGAACAUACAACAACAAUAUAGGAUAUUUUUUAUAUAAUUACAUAUAAUUAUGUUAUUUGUGUGAUGUGAAACUCGCCUAAUUUGAUUAUAAAUACAAUUUAUAGUUCUGUGUACUCUCCUGAUCUAGUACUCCAACCACAUCGUACUAUACUCAUUAGUAGAUGCUGGAUAGACAUAAAUUGAACAAGAUCUCAAGAGUUUUCAUAUCGGUUUGGGCUAAUUUCACUUCGAGGCAAAUCCUGACUUUUCUAGCUUUCCAUAUACUCCAAGAACGUUUGAUGUGGUGCUCGGAAAAGUCUUCAACGGAUGUCAAACUUCCAACGGUCCAGCGUUAAAGCUUAUGUUGGAGCUUUGAACAAAAUGUUGGGUUUCAAAGAACACUCCUCCACUUUAAGUAAAACCCCUUUGGAGACCAACAAUGUCCCUGCCUGAAGAAAAUCUUACCUGCAAAUCUCAGAAAUAUCAAUCACAAAUUAGAUGCGUAAUAGUCUUAAAGAUUUCUAAUUUUAUUACUUUUUAAUAAAUAGUAUCGAAUGUACAAGAAGAAUAUGAGUUUUGGUUUACUGAAAUAACUAUGACAUGAAAUAGUCUUUAGUCUCAAACCUGUGAUUUGGUUAAACAUUUAAACAACUUUACUUUAAAUAGUUAGUCAUUUGCCCCAACGGGAAAGACCGUUGAGCAAUCUUUAACUCCUAAACUAAACUAAGAUAAGAUUUAUUUCUUAAUUGUUAUACCUUCCAACAAAUUAAACAAACCAAAAGACAACAGAAACUUGGCCAGAAAAUUUUAAGAGAUCUCGUUCAUCUCCUUGAUUCAAUCUCUUUUAAAGAAACUCCAAAUUUGAUAAAAACUCGUUUGAAUACAAAGGUUUUAUGUUCCCCAAGAUUAAAAAAUGUCAGAAGUGCGAACUGGAUUUCUAACCAUGACGACAAUAAUCUUGAUAAGUAUAGGCCUCACAAUGAUGGGAACAGGUCUAUACCAAAAAACAACAGUGUCUUCUUGCAUCCGAGAAACCUCAGGCCAGUUCUUGUUACUCGGUCUGAUUCUUCUGUUGAUUCCUCAGAUAGGUCUAUACGGAAUCUGUUGCCGCUCCAAACGCCUUUUCAAUUAUUUCUACUACGGCAUGAUUGUGGUCAUUAUCAUUGUAUCUUAUUAUUCAAUCAAAUGUUUCGCCUACAACACCACUUUUGGCAUCCCUAAGAACCCCGCCAAGGACCACCGCACCGUGCCACAGUUACUCGGCCGGCUGGUCUCUAAGGAGAAGUUCGAGAACGUAGUCUUGUGUAUCAUUCACAACCAUGACUGUAAUUACAAUGCCAGCAAAAACAGCAAUGUUUGGAAGUAUUGCUGUGCACAACCGCCGGGAUGUGGGACCAUUACGAUGUUUGACAAGCCAGGCGAGUGGAGUUGGAAACAACAGUAUGAACGGAACCAAGUUCCAGAAGAGUGUUCUUAUGAAUAUUGUUUAGAUUGCAGAGGCUGCCAACUAAGCAUCUUAAAAGCCAUUGUUCAUCAAUGGAAAUAUCUCUCAAUGUUUGCUUACCCUGCUCUAGUCCUUUCCUGCAUCAGUCUUGCCCUGGCUUGGUCUCUCAAGGAUACUAUCCACGAAACCGAAGAUUAUCGAGGUUCUUAUAGUUGAUCUAUUAUUCAGUCCUCGAAUACUUCUUGAAAUUACAUCAUGUGUCAGAUUUGUAGAUAUGACUAAUAGAUAUUGGUGAAAGAGUUUUGAAUGAGAGACGGAUGUUCAUGUCCAUACAUAUGUACUACAUAUACAUGGGCAUAAGCCUGCAUAUACAUGUUUAUAUGUCUACAUAUAUCAAUGUGUUCAUUUUCAUACGCAGUUAUAGCAUAACUAAAGCAACAUUUCUAUCACGUAAUAUUGCUUCAAAGCUCACAUCCGAAAACAAGAUCGAUAGUUUAACCAUACGUAAGAACAGAGAAUGUAUAAGCCAAAAA